AUGCUCAGUAAUCACAUCAACUACUAUGGGCAAUCUCAUUACCAGAGCAAUGUGCGGAAGUAUGAUGAGAAGAAAGACCGAAAGUACGCCUCACUCAAAACGUCACUGCAAUUAAGGUCUCAUUUCAUGCAAAAAUAUUGCAACACAUUUCAACGUCUACUGCAAUCUUCUGUACAACUUGAUGCAUCAUUCCUUACAUAG